GUCGAUAAUGGGAGGCAGAAAAAACAGUUUGACCCGUUUUUACUUUUGCAUGUCGACAGCACUUUUGAUGCCAAACCUUCCCAGUGUAGACAGCCUAAGAAUGCAUUGCUUUUAUAAAAUAUACCAUGGCAAUAGAAAAUCAGCUAAAAAUCUGUGGCUUUAAGAGAGAUAUGGAUGUCUCAGUGUUGUACCUUGCUGGACAAGGACUAAAAGAAGUUCCUAAUUUGUCACGAUUUCAGGUCUUAAGGUAUUUGUGGCUCAACAAUAACAAGAUCCAGAAGCUAACAUUCUUGAUCAAUAAUUAUCGUUUGACAGAACUCUACCUCAACAAUAAUGAGCUCAUAGAUAUUGCAGGUUCUCUGAAACAUUUGCGUUCAUUGCAGAUCUUGCUGCUUCACAACAACCAGCUAAAAAACCUUGACACAACAGUGAAGGAACUAAAGGGAAUGAUAAGUCUGAAGACCCUAAAUCUAUUUCACAACCCUCUGUCACAAGAUCCAGGGUACCGCCUUUAUGUCAUAUACUUCCUUCCUUCAGUACAACUCCUCGACAGGAAGAAAGUUACUCAAAAAGAAAGGGAAUCAGCUUUACAUAUUUACAACCAUGAAAGGUCCUGUGUUCUCCAGUCUAUAGGUUUUGGAAAAAGAAUAGAUAUACCUUUGGUGGCUAAAACAGUGUCUACAAGAAGCAUUCCACAUGUCAAAAGUUUCCUGCUGUCUCCAGGUUAUGAAGUUGCAAAUCACAUAAAUAAAAUUCCAUUUGAGAACCCAGAAGAUGCCAUUUUUGUGAGGGCAAUGAAGAGAUCAAUAAUGGAAUUUUCCUCUGUUGAUUGGAAUAAAAUAUCAACUGGUCUAGGAAAACACCUUGAAAACAAAGCAGAAGAACCCCCUGAGAAACUGACAGUCAAAUUCAGAUAACUGUUUGGUUCUGUAGGAAAAUAUGUGCCUACAUGUUGGAUAUUAGACUUUUAUUGUAAGUUAAUAUCCAUAAGACAUGUAUGCUAUAACUAAUACUUGAUUAAACAAACUUUCAGCAGGCAAAUUCUAAAUUCAUUUCCUUUAACCCGAGUGUGGGGAUUCCAUGAUAAAGGUUGGAAAAUACAGGUCAUAGGUUUGUGGUAACAUUAUAAUGUUGCCAUUAAUUGAAUUCUCCUCGGUACCAUACUAUCUGUUGUGACAGAUUAAAAGCAAACCUGUACAUUAAGUUUUAGGAUACUAAGGAUGAAUAUAUUAAUCUUUGAUGUUCUUUGUGAUUGAUCGCCUCUUUUCUAAAUUAAUGAGACGUCUCUCACUUUUAGUUUCCAAUACCACUGAAUUGGAUUAAGGCUUCACACAGCCUGUCUCUUUCCUAGUUGUAGUCACUGCAAGAUUCUCUGUGUAUAAGCUUGUUGUAAAAUCCUGUUCCCAACUUCUUCUACAAACUACUUUUUCCUGUACUGAUUGCUGUUUCAAAGGAGCUUACUGAAUGUAAUAUACUCACUAAUUGUGUCUCAUUUGAAAUCAGAUUGCAAGAUCUUUGGCAUCUUCAUAAGAUGUUUACACAAUUCCUAGCACAAAUGGAGCCCAUAGCCCAAAUCCUCAGCUCCUGGAGUGCUGCUGUUUGCACAGGACCUGAUUCGCCCCCACCCCAGCUCAGUAUUUUCCCAACUGUAGAACUUUUUAAUGAAGCCCUGUGAAAGCAAGAAGAAACUUUGGUUGUCAGAGUGAAAGGUAAAAUUGCUUUAUGUGCUGUAAAAAGUUCCAUGGCAAUGAUUGCAUUCAUUUUAAAGGCCAAUUAGCAGGAAUCAAAGACUGGGAUUCAGAUGUGCCUAAGGGAGUUAGGCAUCCAAUUCCAUUUAAGCUCAAUAUAACUUGGGCAUCUAACUCCUUUGAAAUUCCACUUUAAAUAGCAGUCUCUUAUUUUUCCAGCCCUGGAGACUAAAAUUCUCCUGAACCAUAGAAGUACAUCACAGAUAGCAGCCCCCAUUAGAAUUUUAUACCACUCUGCUAUAGUUAUGAUUAAGAGAUGGUUUUGGUCUUAACCUUGAUUCAUCCAAGUUAUUUAAGGGGUAUGCCUCAUGGGCAUGUGGGGCAGUUAGUGAUCCAAAUGUUAGGUCUUUUGACCCAAGGUUUCCCAAAAUACAGCCCCUGCAAAAAACAAUACCCCCAAAAACAGUAUUUCUUAAAAGUUGAGAUAUUCUGGCAACCUUCCUCACCUUUCCCCCUCCCCAGAAGUUAAAGCAGGGCUGAGAUCAUUGCAUCAAAAUAUCCAGAGCUUAAGGGUUACCCCAACAGAGUGUAUGGCACCCAGAAGCCCUUGGGGCAGAUAAAAUUAAAGGGUUAUUUCAAAAAGAUUUUGCAUCUCCCAUUUAGUGUGUCACAUGCAGAUGCUCUUAAAGAAAUUACACUGAGCAUGCAUGGACAGAGUUGUUAAUAGGAUUGUUAGCUUUCAAAGUUUCACCUCAGCUGCAUAGCUCAAGGGGCUAGUAGCAGUCCUUUGAACCUAAUCCACCCUGCGAGUGUCAGUUACAGUCCCACCUUGGGCAGAAAUUUGGUAAAAGGUCUGUCAGUAGAAUGUAAUCAAAGGAUUUUUUUUCCUUUUUAACCAAAAUAGUUAGAAUGUGAACAUUUGCUGGGCUGGGGACUGGGAAGCAUUUAUGGGGUAGAGAAGUGGGGUAUGGGGCUGUCUCAAGGAGAGGCAUGAUAGGGGAACUUAGGAGGGAUGAUGGGACUCGUGGGACUGAUGAGGGAAUGGCAGGGAAGCUGGGUGAGAAUUAGGGCAAGGUGCCUCAGCCCUACAUUCCUCUCUUCUCAUGGGUGCCACAAUAUGGGGCAUCUGGGCCGCUGUUCCACCAGGUGAGCUGGGAGGUCCCUGCCCCAUGCACAUCUGACCUACAUUCUCUGCCCCUCCCCUCUGUGUGCGCACCAGAAUCUGGGGACCCCUGCCUCCAUAAGGGGGUCUGAGCCCCUUUUGCUGCCCCUUAUAAGAAAUUGUAUAUGAGAGACUUCCCUCUCUGGGGCUGUCUGAUCCCUGCCUCCCUGUGUGCACCAGAAUUUUGGGGGGCAUCCAGUCAUCUCUAUGGAUCUGACCCCGCUGCAUGCUCCCCCAUAGCCAGGUUCACAGGGGACAUGAAUUAUUGGGGAAGGGUCUGAGCCCCACUCCCAAUCCAACCCUGUAAGCGGUGAUGAGGAAGCCCUGCCUCUCUGUGUUGCGAGCUUUGAAUACGCAUGGUCUGAGCAUGCACUAAGAACCCACUGCUGAGAAUGGGGUAAGGAGCUGUGAAGAGGUAUGAAAAGCACAGAGACAAGUGUUUUGAUCAUCACUCAGCAUAUCACUAGAAAUCUAGGUGAAAAUAACUGCCUAAAUGACCUCUAACUCCUACCAACAAACAUUUCUCUGUUUAGAAAACUAAGGAAAUCAAAUGGCAAAAACCUUCCUUAAAGUUAAGCUGCCCAGGUGAUAGCUCAUGUUCCUCAAGACUUUCAAGAUCAGAAAACUAGGAAAUAGUGAGUCACAGUGAAUGCCUGUGCAACCCUAACUCUUCCUUCUCUGAGGUAUGUCUACACAGCAACAUUAUUUUGAAAUAAUGUAGUCCAUGUCUACACAGCAGG